UUUUUUUUGCGUUCAUUCUACCACCUACCAUCUAAUAUAUUCUAGCUUAUGUGGCGAGCAAGGUCGUUCUAUCUGGCGCUUCUAGUUGCACGCGUCGCAUUCUCGGUGCUCCCGGCGUAUAUCCACCCAGAUGAGCUAUUUCAGGCGCCAGAGGUUGCGGCCAACGACAUAUUUGGGCUAGAGGCAGUGCGAACAUGGGAGUUUGACCCACAGGCGCCGAUCCGGUCCAGCGUGCCAAUCUACAUAUACGCAGGAUUUCCGAUGCUGCUGGUCAAGAUCGCACAGCGGAUGCUGCUUGCUCUGUUUGGGUACCGGCUCGAGCUGACAUCGCAGCUGCUGUUCUGCGCGCCGCGGGUAUUCAUGGCCCUCCUGUCGUUUCUGGUCGAUGCCAGCAUCUAUGACACCCUGAAGCGGCUGAAUCCCACAGCGCGAAUGACCCCGACGAUGAUUCUGGUUGCGAGCUCGUACUGCCUUGCAGUCUUCCACACGCAUACGUUUUCCAACUCGUUUGCGUCGAUUGUCCUGGCGUUGUGCUUCAAUCUGCUGGCGCGGAUUGAGCAGGCAUGCGUGCCUACAGCAAGUUCGUCCCAAGCUGAGCUGGCCACACACGGGCAGCUGAUAAAGCUGUCCAUCCUCUUCGGGGUUUGCGUGGCACUGGGCACCUUUGGACACAUUGCCUUUGCGGCAUUCGCGCUGCCGCUCUGCCUGGUAUGCGCCGCGAUACUGGUAAAUGCAGUGUGGACUGACACAGUCGGUUUGCGGUGUGCGCUCGGUGCUUUUUCGGGGGUUGCGGUUGGCGGAAUUGGAUCGCUCUUGGCAAUUACUCUAGCGGACUCUGUGUACUUUGGAUUGCUAAAGGUGGGUGCUACCGGUGUAUCGGGAUCACUGACAUGCACACUGCUGAACAACCUAUCGUACAACACGAAGAAAGACAACCUGGCCGAACAUGGGAUCCACCCGUGGUACUUGCACGCGACAACGUCGAUGCCAACGUUGUUUGGGCCGCUGUACAUCCUGGCCAUAGCCAAGCUGUGGGCAUUUGCAAAGUCGUCAGCAGCCAGAGCGGAGACGAGCUACACCUCGGCUGCAGCUGCAUUAUCAGUUGUAGUUGGGGUCGGAGCCAUGUCGAUGGUGCCGCACCAAGAACCACGGUUCCUGCUGCCAGCAUUCACUGGAAUGGUGCUUUGCACUUGGCGCUGGCAUCGGCUGGCGCCUGAUUACUUUUGGAUCCUAUGGCUAGUAUUCAAUGUGUUGCUGAGCAUUGGCUAUGGCGUGGUGCACCAGUCAGGCGUCGUACCGAUGCUCGAUUACUUAUCACGGACAUCGGUGGCCCGAUCAGCAGUUUGUACAAUGGCGGCCAGGGAUAGCCAUGGUGCAUUGUGCGCGGCUUCACCGGCAGCUGCAGGCGACCAGCGGAUGACUACCAGGGUACUCAUCUUUGCGACAUACAUGGCCCCUAGGCACUUGCUCGUACAGCCAGAGCAAAAGGACCAGUGGCAGGCCCGCAUCGAACUGAUCGAUCUUGUAUCGGUUACCGACAAGCAGGUUCCAAGAUAUGCUGCGUAGCUCAGUACAGGUAGAUCACCCGACAGCCACACUAUCUGCUGCAGAAGGACCCCAUGCAUUCAAGCAAACAUCGCCAGGGGUGUUUGAAAGGACGCUUCUGGUGAUGCCGGCAUCCGCAGACAUCGAGCGGGUACAGCCCAGCGGUAGCACGGGAUACAAGCUCAU